AUGAGCAAUCCAUUAGAUAUUGUCUUACCAUCUGGCUCUGAUUUACCUGAUCUGAGAAAAAGAUCCUCUUCGGAUUCGGCCAUCACAGUAUCAGAUAAACAAACUCAACAGUUGCACAAGCAGCCAAUCCAUUCUGAAUCUGAAAUAACCCCUCAAGGAGAAUAUUAUGAUUCUUUCCACCCGAACCACUGGUAUGAUCCAGUCCCAGAAGAUACAAAUAUAAAAUCAGAAACCAUCUCAGCUACGAACUUAACCACACCACAACCACCACAAUAUGAUGACGUGUCUUCCCUGGCAUCAGACUUUCCAGCACCACCAGUUCCUAGUCCUACAGAGAAUGCACCACCAGUUCCUAGUCAUGGAGUAGCACCGCCUCCAGUUCCUAGUCAUGGAGUAGCACCACCUCUAAUUUCUAGUCAUGGAGUAACAGCACCUCUAAAUCCUAGUCAUGGAGUAACAGCACCUCUAAAUCCUAGUCCUACAAAACCGACAGCUCUUAGUAUACAGUUUGAGCCAUACAAUAGCAGAUCAAAAAUAGCAUCGAUCAAACAAGAUACUUAUCUAAAAAGAACAGCUAAAACCGCAGGAUUAUUGCUAGAAGUACUUUCAAUGCUGGCAUUUUCGGUUCUAGCAUAUCCUCUCAUGCUUUGGGUUCUUACUCUAGUGGGAACUAAGUUAGCUUAUCUGCCGACCUUUACAUUUAAUUUGGACCAAGGUUUAGAACUGCUUUACUUGGGCUUAAUUGGGAGUGUCGUGUUUUUCUAUCUGCUAUAUCUCCUCUUUAAUCUAUUCCUCAAGUACACGACUCAACCCGAACGCCAGAUGUCAAAAGGGUAUAAGACUGCCAAGAAAGUAGGCAAAUAUCUUGGGUUCUUGGCGGUUUUCAUUGGUACAAUUGUUAUUUUGGCAUUAUUUGGGUACAUUGCAACUUUAGGCCCUAAGAAUGAUUAUUUCCAAAUGGUACAUAAGCAUAUGAGAUCGCCUAUUUUCUUUUGGCCGGCUGUAGCUUCAGCCAUUCUAAUGGUUGUUAGUCAAUUGGGAAGAUUCAUCGAUAAUCUUUUCUCUAAACGUAGGCACAAAACCCAUGCUGUUAUCAAAAACUACAUUCUUUUGGCAUUUACCUUUAUACUGGCCGUUUUACUGGUUAUUGCUCUUGUUCACCACGUGGUCUUCUCUUCCUACUCUCAUGCUUGGCUAGAUAACAUUACUAAUGUUAGCCCAUAG